CUGGCAACGAGUACUCUGAUCCUCUUUCCAAAUUUAGUCCACUCGAAGUCAAGGGCAUUAGCUGAGCUGCUAAUUGCAAAUCUCACCAACCCCGGACAUGGCGAAGGAGCUGGACGGCUUCCACUUCGAGCAGAACCACGGGAAGGCAAGGGUGAGGGUCGCCAGAGUCUGGCGGGCCGAUGGCGGCGGCGGCGAUCAGUCCAUGGUGGAAUGGAGCGUCGAUAUCAUCCUUUUUUCCGACUGCAUCAACGCUUACGUUCGUGACGACAACUCCGACAUCGUCGCCACUGACACCAUGAAAAACACGGUGUAUGUGAAAGCUAAGGAGUGUUCCCAGCAGCUUUCAGCGGAGGAGUUCGCAAUUUUGCUUGCUAAGCACUUUACAGCAUUCUACCCGCAGGUAACAUCAGCGGUUGUUAAGAUAGUGGAGAAGCCAUGGGAACGCGUCAACUUAAAUGGACAACCACAUGAACACGGUUUUAAACUUGGAAACGAGAAACAUACAACGGAGGCUGUAGUCAAGAAGUCUGGUGGGUUGCAGUUGACUUCUGGAAUUGCAGGACUCUCCGUACUGAAAACUACCCAGUCAGGUUUUGAAGGAUUUGUCAGGGACAAGUAUACUGCUCUUCCUGAAACCCGCGAGAGGAUGCUGGCCACAGAAGUUACUGCUAUAUGGAGGUAUACAUAUGACUCCAUCUCCAGCGUCCCUCAGAAACCUCUCUACUUCAACGAGAGAUAUUUGGACGUGAAGAAUGUAGUUCUCAGCACGUUUUUCGGUCCUCCCAAAGAGGGUGUAUAUAGCGCUUCGGUCCAAAGCACUCUUUUCCAAAUAGAGAAGGCCCUACUGCUAAGAUUCCCCGACAUAUCAUCUGUCCGGCUGAAAAUGCCAAACAUCCACUUUUUACCCGUCAAUAUUUCAACCAAGGACAACACUAUUGUGAAGUUUAACGACGACGUGUAUCUGCCAACUGACGAGCCUCAUGGAUCAAUCGAAGCAACUCUCAGUCGCUUCUGGGCAAGAAUGUAGAAGAAGAUGCAGCAAGAGCACAUGUCAUCGGUUCGUUCACUCAGACGCCUUGUAACAAGCUUGCAAUGUAUGCCUGUAAGCUCCCACUUGAUUGACAUGUAAAUUACAGUGUACAUUGGAGACAGUAAUAACACGACGGAACUGGCAACAAGCCAGUCGUCGUCAAGAUCCUCAAAAUUCUCUCGUACCGAUCGAUAAAUCUAGAAAACAAAGGGAAUCAGAGCCUUGACAUGAGCAGGAAAAUCAUCAAACUUUGACAGGUACCACUCUCUGGUGACUUUGCUCCUUCCCAUCAGGUACAGAGUAGUCCCGACGGCGACGCAGAACGCGUAGAGCGUCUGCGAGACGAGGGCUAUACCGUAGAAUCCGAUGAUCUCGAACAGGUAAUGAGGGCAGAUCACCAGCUCAAACAUCCCACCCUUGGGGAUCUUGUACUCUUUGUUCUUGCUGUUCUCGCCGCGGUCUGAUCUCAGCUUGGAGAGCAAGUAAUGGUGGUAGAAAUUGCCGGCGAUCCCAACGACGAACAGCGCCACCCCGUAGAGCUUCAAAUCCACAGCCGGCUCCGGGAUCGUUGCCUCCGUCAAACGCUGGGCGUAGAUCGUGAUUGCCGUGAUGCUGAAGUAGCUUAGGCUGAUCGGAAUCGCGGAUUCGACGGCCAUGGUGCCGCUGUACUUGUGCAGGAACAGUGUCUGCAAUCAAAUCGGUCAACGGAGGAUCAGAUUUCCCGUUCUACGAAAUUGGAACUGGAUUGAAUUGGAAGCGGGAGAGCGUACCUCGAGCAGCCUUUUGAGGAAAUGGACGGCGAGGGCGGACUCGACAAGGAGGAGCCUAGAAGACGGAGGAGGAGCGCCGCCGCCGCCAUGGAGGAAGAGCAAGGAGGCGAUGGCGGCGAGGAAGGCCGGGAAGUAGAGCACGAGCAUCCCGAUUCUGCUGGGGAGGGAGGAGGACGAUUUCGACGACGACGACGAGGAGCCGGCGAACUUGGAGUACUUCAAGUGUGUGCCUCGGAUCUCCGAGAGGCCGAAGAAGGCCAGAUACGCUACCACCGCCGCCGACAUCGCUGAUACGAAGAGCGACGGCGGCGGUUGGAACAUCACGACUCUCAGGCAGCUCAUCGCUUCCUCCAUUUCUGAUUGCGGCUUCCGAUUGUUCUUCUUAUCCUGACCGGCCACUGCUCCUUCGAUCUGCUUCUUUCCUCUUCUCUU